CGGCCGCCCAGCCUGCGAGAGGAGCCGAGGCCGCCCGCGCUCGCAUCUCGCCGGCCCCUCCCCCGAUCGCCGUGGCCGCUGCGCCGCCGCUGCAGGAUAGCUAACAGCCAGGAGAAACGUAGUGGAAAAUGCAAAACAACGAAAUCAUAAAACCUGCCAAAUACUUCUCAGAAUUGGAAAAGAGCAUCCUGCUGGCUUUAGUAGAAAAGUACAAGUAUGUGCUGGAGUGUAAGAAAAGCGACGCGCGAACUAUUGCCCUCAAGCAGCGUACCUGGCAGGCGCUCGCCCAUGAAUACAACUCGCAGCCCAGCGUGUCGCUGCGGGAUUUCAAACAGCUGAAGAAGUGCUGGGAGAACAUCAAGGCUCGGACCAAAAAGAUUAUGGCCCAUGAAAGGAGAGAGAAAGUGAAACGGAGCGUCAGCCCCCUUCUGAGCACCCACGUCCUGGGGAAGGAGAAGAUCGCCAACAUGCUGCCCGAGCAGCUGUACUUCCUGCAGAGCCCUCCCGAGGAGGAGCCCGAGUACCAUGCUGAUGCCGCCACCCAAGAAUCAUUUGCUGUUUCAAAUAGAGAACUGUGCGAUGAUGAGAAAGAGUUCAUACAUUUCCCAGUAUGUGAGGGGACCUCUCAACCUGAACCCUCGUGUUCAGCUGUCAGAAUAACAGCCAAUAAAAACUACAGGAGCAAAACCUCUCAGGAAGGUGCUUUAAAAAAGAUGCAUGAGGAAGAACACCAUCAACAAAUGUCCAUCUUACAGCUGCAGCUGAUACAGAUGAAUGAGGUGCAUGUGGCCAAAAUCCAGCAGCUAGAGCGAGAGUGUGAGAUGGCAGAGGAGGAACACAGGAUAAAAAUGGAAGUUCUCAAUAAAAAGAAGAUGUAUUGGGAAAGAAAACUGCAAACUUUUACCAAGGAAUGGCCUGUUUCCUCAUUUAACCGGCCCUUUCCCAAUUCACCCUAAGACGGUGGGGUGUGGCUCCCUUGUAAUUAAUCUGUGUUGGCAAAGAAGGUCUGGAACACGAACUUGCGGUCGGUAGCCUGUCACAGAGCUACAACUAGGAAGAUGAGAGUGGUAGUAGUCACUUAUUUAAGAAUACAUUCAGGUAAACAGCUGCACCCUAUGUACCCCUGAAGUGGCAAAGAAGCUGUUAGAGUCUUCUGAAAAUUAUCACUAUGAGUGCUAUCAUUCUGAAUGUAAUGUCUCUUGAUUAGAAUUCAUACACGAACCAUGUGUGAGUGUUGUUGUUGUAUUUUUUUAAUCAAAUGCAAGUGUGACUAUAAAGGAGUGUGGCUGGGUUUUGUGGGGUUUUUUUUUUUUUUUUUAAAUAGACGUCAGACCUUGUCUAUCCAAAUGAAUGCCCUCCCAUUGAAAGUGGCUGUCCUGGGAGGACACACGUUUCUCCAGUGGUAAUGCUGUUACUCAGAAUUUGCUAGAGGUCUUUUGGAGCCUCCACAAGAGCUAUAGCACACUUUUCAUUUUUUCAGUGUCAUCUUUGGAGCGUGGAUUUUCUGUUUUUAAACGGCCGAACAUAAUGGAAGGCUGUUUUCUAAUGUGGCUCAUAGGCUGCCUUUUAAGGCCUUCCUUUCCCCAAAGAGGAGCUCCAAAUAAUGUCUCCAGCAGGUGUAGCUUUGUUGGAACUAAGGAUGUGACUACUUUGAGGGAGAAACGUUCGUUUAGAGCUCUACAUUCUGUCAUGCUUGUUUUAUUAAAAGACAAGACUUGUGAUUGUAUAGUCACACUGUGUAUGUUUUUUAAAGGUGCUGCCCGCCUCCACUGUGCUACAGUUUUUAGCUUCCUGCUGUAGUUUCCUACCGACUUUGUACUACUGAGUAAAUGGUUGCCCUUGUUUUUAAUCUCUAGCCGCCUAAGGAAAGGCCCUUCCCUCGCCAUGCUCCUGGUGCUAGCUAAUAGUGAUGCUACAUAGUCUGCAUAGUCUGCAGUUAGUAUUGAGCUUUUUCAGAAUCCAUUACCAAUGUAUUUGGAAAUGUGGAUUGAUAAAUGGAUAUUUUGACUGAGCUGUGAUAUAACUUCUCCUGUAGCCUAGUGAGAAAAACAGUCUUGGGAGUUGGGCAUAACAGUAGCUGGAAGAAGCAAAGUGACAGUUAAGUGCCAAGGCAGGUCAGCAAUUUCUGAGAAUGAAAGUUCAAGGCCAUGUGGUGGGGAAGGAGCAGUAUGUGUGACAGAGGCCAUAUAGGGAGUGCAGGACGAGGAGUCAGGGCUUGAAUUCUGAGCUCGGCUCUGUCUCAAGUGCUAUGUGACCUUAAGUUACUCCAUUUAGUCUUUGGCCCUGGUGUUUCCUGUCUAUAAAACAGGAGAGUUGGUCUAGAUGAUGGUUAGAAUCUGCUACAACUCCUUGACUGUGAUGUGAUCUGCACAGUCUUGGAUGAGUACUGCUAACAUCAUAGUUGUCCGGAGGGCGUGGGUCAACAGGGAGAGUUUACUGCAGUGGCUAAGCUUCCUUCCUUUCAUAAUUUUGGAAUUUGGGUCCCGGGGUCUGUAAGUUCAAUAAAGUACAUGUAUACUAAUACAUGCACUGCAUAAAACUUAAGUGGAUAUCAAUUUAUUUUAUAUACUGAUCAUAUUUUAAAUAUCUUAGAGGAACUGGUUAUUUGAAGGAACCCUGUGAAGACUAGUCUUCUUUCAAAGGAAGGAUGCUUUUGUAAGGAUUUGUGUUCUUAAUUUAGUUUUUACCAAAUGGACCCUUUAGAGAAGCAGCAUCUGGAAAAAGUCCCAAGCUUAACCGAUUUAUGGGAGACAGAUUAGGGCAGGGAGUGGCAGGUCCUCAACACAGAUGAUGUGAACUGAGAAAAGUUUGCCUUUGCUUCACCUAUUGAGCCAUCUGGAAAUCUUAAUAUGCAGAUUCUGGUGGGGGGGGCCUGAGAUUGUGCAUUUCUCACAAGCUCCCAGGUUAUGCCAGGUCUGCCUGUCUGGCCACCACAGUUCUGUGUAGCAAGGUUUUAGAGGACCCUGUGAAGCUUUUACCUAUUCUCAAAAAAAACAAACAAACAAAAAAACAACCCAUUGGGUUAGGUACAUUUUUGUGUACAGUAUUGUGCCGGAUAUUAUUCCUCUCCCAGAGUUACCACCUAAUCACACAAAUAACAAUGUAGAACAACACAAAAAAUGCUCACACACAUAAUGGAACUAUAAA